CGUACCCUCCACUGUAGAAAAUGUCUCUCUCCGCCGCCUUUAACUCCCUCAAGUCCUCCAAUCUCAUCUCAUGGAAAACGACAGGUAAGUUUCAACAAACCCUAGCGGGAUGCAUCGAACUGGCGGGGAAAACACUUCACACGGGGAAGGUUUCGAAGGUAAAGGUAUGCCCGGGGUUCGCCGGCGAAGGAAGGUACUUUGAAUUUCAGUCGAAAUUGAUUCCCGCGUCAAUCGAUUUUGCUCGAGAAUCGCCGUUGUGUACCACUCUUUGCAAAGAUGGAUACAAGAUUCGGACCGUCGAGCAUUUGCUUUCGGCUUUGGAAGCUAAAGGCAUCGACAAUUGUAUUAUUCAGAUUCAAAGUCUCGAUUCUGAGGAUUCUGAGGUUGAGGUUCCUAUUUUUGAUGGGUCAGCAAGUGCAUGGGUUGAGGCAAUUGAACAAGUUGGCCAAAAAGAGGCCUUGGAUCGAUGUGGCAACAAUUUGGAGAAAUUGGCGCCUUAUUUGAAUGAACCAUUGCAUGUUUUGAGGAAUGAUUCUUUUAUAGUUGGACUCCCUUCUUCAGAGGUUCGCAUAACUUGUGGAAUCGAUUUCCCGAAGAUGCCUGCAAUUGGAUGCCAAUGGUUUUCUUCAUCUUUUUCAGAUGACUUCUAUGAAAAGCACAUAGCUUGUUCUAGAACUUUCUGCAUCUAUGAGGAGGUGGAACAUAUGCGUAGUGCGGGACUCAUUAAAGGGGGAUCACUAGAAAACGCAAUUGUAUGCAGUGCUACUAAAGGAUGGCUGAAUCCACCACUUCGUUUCCAUGACGAACCUUGUCGCCAUAAGAUCUUAGAUCUUAUGGGUGACCUUUCCCUUUUUGCACGACCGGGUAGACAAGGAUUUCCUGCAGCACAUAUAGUAUCUUUCAAGGGUGGCCAUUCACUUAAUGCUAAUUUUGUUCGCCGACUAUCGGGAAUCAACGUUGAAGGAAGUCAGUAGUCUUUCUCUUCAAAAUUCCUCUAGCUGCAUAUCAAAGGUUAGAAAUGUCCGGAUCAGGGCUCUGCAACACUCGAUGUUGAUGCCUGGAAAUGCCAAGGUAAGGUUAAGAAAUGCUGCAGUUUCUUGCAAGUUCGACUAGUCCUUGCUUUGGAAAUUUUGGUCUGAAACUAAGCUCCCCCAACCCAAGUUUUGAUUCCUUUAUUUAAACACGUUUUUU